AAUUUUCCAUCCCAGAAUUCUGAACCCAGUCAACUAACACUGUCUUUGAAACAAUCGGAUUGAAAGAACGACAAACGACAAAAUCUUACUCAUUAUUCCUCAGAGUUUCCCAGAAGGUCCCCCGUCUCCUCCAAAUCUUUGUUUUGACAGGUUCAAAAUCACUCACUCCGGACAGGUUUCCUCCGUAUGCAGGCAGUAGCUCCGAGAUGUUUCUCCGGAGUAGAACUCUCCUCCUCGUCCCGACCCUGCUCUGGGCUCUAGAGAUAGCUGGAGCUCAGAGUGUCCGUGAGGAUCACAGUAAACAGCCUCUGGACGAACGACCUCAGCGUCCCCCCGUCUCUCCGUACCUACUAUAUGGACCACAUGGAUACAGAACCUACCCUCACUCUAUAUGCCAAGAGGUUCCUACUGUUGAAGUCUCUAUGUCAGAGAUGGAAGGAGAUUGGUUUCUUAUAGAAUAUGUAAACAGUCAUGACGGGAAACCCAUAGGAGCACACACACCCUACCUCUGCCCAGAGGCUAGGAUGACCUUUGACCCUGUGUUGGGAGAACCAAAGCUAAAUAUUAGUCAAAUAUCUUAUGAAUGGCCAGCUCUCUUCGUAGAUACCGUAGAAUGGGUACAGCACAGAAACAAGACUGGGGUUUUCUUCCACGAAGAGAACAUAUUUUCACUCUGGACUCUAAAGGUUUUGGAGUUUGAUGCAGAAUCUCACAUGGUGUUCUUCUUGUGCAUUGAUUACACGAUCUGGCCUGGUUGGAACCAUAGAGGGGUUUAUGUUCUCUCCAGGACUCCGGAGCUCAAGAACAAGGUGAGAAGACAGCUGUCCAACAAGGCGCACAAGAGGAUGAGGAUGAACUACGACAGACGAGUUAAUACAACCUCAUGUAACCCAGAUGACUGGCUUCCAUCCGCCAGACCUAGAUGGCAUCCACACAAGAAAAUAAACAAUGAGCUGUACCGAGCACCUGUACACCCGUACAUAAGCAGGAAGCACAGAAGAAACCUAAAUAUUCUUGAUUAAAUAAUAAUAUAAGUAUAUCUUGAAUCUGCAUAUAUGCAUUAUCUAUGAAACAUUUGAAUAAAUACUUUACUCACGACAAA